AUGUCGGAGCCAGGGGACCUGAGUCAGCCCAUUGUGGAGGAAGGCGGAACGGAGACGACCACCCCGGAGAAUGGCAUCGUGAAGGCGGAGAGUCUGGAUGAAGAGGAGAAGCUGGAACUGCAGAGGCGGCUGGCAGCUCAGAACCAAGAAAGAAGAAAAUCAAAGUCAGGAGCAGGGAAAGGCAAAUUGACGCGCAGUCUCGCUGUCUGUGAAGAAUCCUCAGCCAGACCCGGAGGGGAGAAUCUCCAAGACCAGGAAUCAAUUCAUUUACAGCUUUCCAGUUUCCCCAGCCUGCAAGAGGAGGAUAAAUCUAGGAAAGAUGACCCUGAAAAAGAAAAAGAAAAGGAUAAAAACAAAGAUAAAUCCUCUGAGAAACCCAAGAUCAGAAUGUUAUCAAAAGAUUGCAGCCAAGAAUACACGGAUUCUACAGGCAUAGACUUACAUGAGUUUCUGAUUAACACGCUAAAGAAUAAUUCCAGGGACAGGAUGAUCCUCUUGAAAAUGGAGCAGGAAAUUAUUGAUUUCAUCAGCGACAACAAUAACCAUUAUAAAAAGUUCCCUCAGAUGUCCUCCUAUCAGAGGAUGCUCGUUCACCGUGUGGCAGCUUACUUCGGGUUGGACCACAAUGUGGAUCAAACAGGGAAAUCCGUUAUCAUCAAUAAGACCAGCAGCACGCGAAUACCAGAGCAAAGGUUUUGUGAACAUUUAAAAGAUGAAAAAGGUGAAGAAUCCCAGAAGCGGUUUAUCUUGAAGCGAGAUAACUCUAGUAUUGAUAAAGAAGACAAUCAGUCAGUUUGCUCCCAGGAAAGCCUUUUUGUGGAAAACAGUAGGCUCUUGGAGGACAGUAACAUAUGCAAUGAAACCUAUAAGAAAAGACAGCUCUUUCGGGGCAACCGAGAUGGCUCAGGGAGAACGUCGGGGAGCCGGCAGAGCAGCUCGGAGAAUGAACUCAAGUGGUGCGACCACCAAAGGGCCUGGAGCAGCACAGACUCCGAAAGCUCCAACCGCAACCUCAGGCCCGCCAUGACCAAGACGGCGAGCUUCGGGGGCAUCACGGUGCUGACCAGGGGUGACAGCACGUCCAGUAGCAGGGGUACCGGGAAGCUGUCCAAAGCAGGUUCUGAGUCGUCCAGCAGUGCAGGAUCUUCAGGAUCGCUGUCCCGCACCCAUCCACCUCUGCAGAGCACACCCCUGGUCUCGGGCAUGGCAGCCACUUCUCCCGGCUGCGUGCCCUAUGCGGAGAGUGGCCUGGGGGGCCAGGUCGGUCCAGGCAGCACCAGCUACAUCCUCCUGCCACUGGAAGCUGCCACAGGCAUCCCGCCCGGAAGCAUCCUUCUGAAUCCGCACACAGGCCAGCCCUUUGUGAAUCCCGAUGGAAGCCCUGCCAUCUACAACCCCCCCACCAGUCAGCAGCCCCUGCGCGGCACCGUGGUGGGGCCGGCCCAGCAGCAGCCCCGGCAGCAGCCCUCUCCGCAGCCGCAGGUGCAGCCCCCGCAGCCGCCUAUGACGGGCCCGCUGGUCACUCAGUCUGUCCCGGGGCUGCAGGCUUCCUCCCAGUCAGUGCAAUAUCCGGCAGUUUCUUUUCCUCCCCAGCAUCUCCUGCCUGUGUCUCCGACGCAGCAGUUCCCCAUGAGAGAAGACAUGGCAACACAGUUUGGUCAGAUGACCCUGAGUAGGCAAUCCUCAGGCGAGACCCCUGAGCCCCCAUCCGGCCCUGUCUACCCACCAUCCCUCAUGCCACAGCCUAACCAACAGCCCAGCUAUGUCAUUGCCUCCACGGGCCAACAGCUCCCCACAGGCGGGUUCUCAGGCUCUGGACCUUCCAUCUCUCAACAAGUCCUCCAGGCCCCUCCCUCUCCACAGGGAUUUGUGCAACAGCCUCCACCUGCACAGAUGCCCAUCUAUUACUACCCAUCUGGUCAGUACCCUACCUCAACCACGCAGCAGUACCGGCCCAUGGCCUCGGCUCAGUACAGUGCUCAGAGAGGUCAGCAGAUGCCGCAGACAGCACAGCCAGCAGGUUACCAGCCCGUCUUGUCUGGUCAACAGGGGUUCCAAGGCCUGAUGGGAGUGCAGCAGGCUCAGAGUCAGAGCGUCAUGAGCAACCAACCUGGAACUCCGGUGCAAAGUGUGAUGGUCUCCUACCCAACAAUGUCUUCUUAUCAGGUGCCAAUGACCCAGGGUUCUCAAGGACUGCCCCAGCAGUCAUACCAACAGCCAAUCAUGCUACCUAACCAGACAGGUCAAGGGUCACUUUCAGCCACUGGAAUGCCUGUUUACUGUAAUGUCACACCGCCGACCCCUCAGAACAACCUUAGGCUGAUUGGCCCACACUGCCCCUCCAGCACUGUCCCCGUGAUGUCAGCUAGCUGCAGGACAAACUGUGCGAGUAUGAGCAAUGCUGGGUGGCAGGUCAAAUUCUGA